AUGACCAGCCAGCAAAGAAUGAUAGUACACAGAUGCAGAUUUGUGGAUUUUACACCCGCCACGAUCACAUCUCUAGCAUUUUCACAUAAAUCAAAUAUAGAUAAACUGACUCCAUCGGAUUUGAGACUAGCCAUCGGUAGGUCUAAUGGUAACAUAGAAAUCUGGAAUCCAAGAAACAAUUGGUUCCAAGAAAUGAUGAUUGAAGGUGGUAAGGAUAGGUCAAUUGAAGGUCUUUGCUGGAGCAAUGUUAGCGGCGAAUCGCUGAGACUAUUUUCCAUUGGUGGUUCGACCGUAGUUACAGAAUGGGAUCUGGCUACGGGUUUACCAUUAAGGAACUAUGACUGUAAUGCAGGCGUGAUAUGGUCUAUUUCUAUCAACGAUUCUCAAGAUAAGCUGUCUGUAGGUUGCGAUAAUGGAACAGUGGUCCUUAUAGAUAUUUCUGGCGGGCCUGGUGUAUUGGAGCAUGAUACCAUUUUAAUGAGACAAGAAGCUAGAGUAUUGACUCUCGCUUGGAAGAAGAACGAUUUCGUUAUUGGUGGUUGUUCUGAUGGUAGAAUAAGGAUUUGGUCUGCGCAGAGGGGUGAUGAAAACAUGGGCCGUUUAUUGCAUACCAUGAAAGUUGAUAAAGCUAAAAGAGAAUCGACUUUAGUUUGGUCCGUUAUAUAUUUACCAAGAACUGAUCAAGUUGUCUCUGGUGAUUCUACCGGUUCUAUAAAGUUCUGGGAUUUCCAAUUUGCUACGUUGAACCAGUCAUUUAAGGCACAUGAUGCAGAUGUUUUAUGUUUGACUACUGAUAUCGACAACAACUAUGUGUUUAGUGCUGGUGUGGAUAGAAAAAUCUUCCAAUUCUCUCAAAACACUAAUAAAUCUCAAAAGAACAACAGGUGGGUAAACUCCUCCAAUAGAUUACUUCAUGGCAACGACAUCAGAACCAUUUGCGCUUACCAAUCCAAGGGUGCUGACUUUUUGGUCUCAGGCGGUGUUGAAAAAACAUUAGUAAUUAACUCAUUAACUUCUUUCUCUAACGGAAAUUAUAGGAAAAUGCCGACUGUUGAACCUUAUUCCAAAAAUGUUUUAAUUAACAAAGAACAACGUUUAAUUGUUUCAUGGAACGAAUCCACUGUUAAGAUAUGGACGAUGGGAAUUGAGUCCAAUUCAGAACAAAAUUACAAACUAGUCUGCAAGUUAAACUUAAAGGAUGAACAAAAUAUUUCAACUUGUGCUUUAUCACCGGACGGACAAGUAUUAGUUGUCGGAAGACCUUCCACCACUAAAGUCUUCCAUUUGCAGCCAAUAGGUGCCAAAUUAAAGGUUACUAAACUGGAUAAUGAGUUACUAUUGAAAACUGCUACAAAGUUGGCCAAAUUUAUCGAUAACUCGAGAAUUGUGAUAUGUUCUUGCGAAGACGAGGUAUUUAUUGUAGAUUUAGAAUCCGAAGAAGAUGAAAAACCACAGCAAAUCGAACUUUUGGAAAUCAAUUCAACCAAAAGUAGCAUUAAAGUUCCAUAUAUCAACAGAAUCAACCAUCUGGAAGUCGACCAAGAUAUUGCAGUUAUUUCUCGUGGGUGUGGUGCCGUAGACAUAUUGAACCUAAAGACAAUGGAGGCUAAAUCAUUGGUUCGUUUAAAUAACUUUAUCACCGCUGUCUAUAUCAACUCACCCAGAAAGUCUGUUGUUGUAGUUACUGCAGAAAACAAGAUUUACGAAUUCAAUGUCAAUUUGAGUCCAGAAGCGGAAAAUGAAGAUAACGAAAGCCUAUUAACUCAAUGGUCCAAGAAUAAUACCGAGAACUUACCAAAGGAAUGGAAAACAUUGAAAGAGAACUGCGUUGGGAUCUUCACAGACAUGAAGAAUAGCAAUAUGCUAUGGUUUUGGGGCGCUACUUGGAUUUCAAGAAUAGACUUCGACGUUGAUUUCCCAGUAAAUAAGAGAAGAAAACAGAAAAAACGCACCCACGAAGGAUUGACUAUCACAGAUGAAAGUAAUUUCAUGAAUGAUGAAGAAGAUGAUGAGGAUGACGAUAUCGAUAUGGAAAUUAACGAAAAUCUGAAUGUAUUACUAAGUCAAGGAAACAAAAUAAAGUCCACAGAUUCACACAGGCAUGAAGAAAGCUCAAAUUACUUCUUCUUUACCGAUAAAUACAGACCUCUAUUGUUUGUUGACUCAAUUUCCAGUGAUGAAUUAGCUAUCAUUGAAAGAAAUUUAUUAUGCUCUCAUUCCAAGCAAAAGGCAUUUGUUCAACCAAAAUUAGUAUUCUAA